GAGAGACGAACUACCGCAGGGAGCGCUGAGCUGCCUGCUGAUCGGCCCGGUCACCCACUGCCCAACUCGCGCAGCCAAAACCAGCCAUGCUCAGCUCUCCAGCACCUUUCUCCUUCCCCAUGGCUCAGUUCAUCCUCUUCGUCUUCACCGUGUCCACCAUCUAUCAUCUCCAGAGGCGGCUCUUGAGGUCCCAUCCCACGUGGGAGGUACCGACGACGACGCCACAGACUGGGCUGGUGACAGAGAGCCCCACGCGCUCGGCGCUGGAGGGCAUGUUCACCAUCAACGCCAUCGGCCGCCUGGGGAACCAGAUGGGCCAGUACGCCACACUGUAUGCGCUGGCCAAGGCCAACCGGCGGCCCGCCUUCAUCCCCGAGCAGAUGCACCACACGCUGGCCCCCAUCUUCAAGAUCACUCUCCCGGUCCUGCACGAGAGCACGGCCGCCAAGGUGCCCUGGCGCAGCUACCACCUCAACGACUGGAUGGAGGAU